UCACAUAAACAUACACACACAUGCGCUCAGGAGCGACAGCACAGGAUAAAGAGAAAGUAAAAAGAGAGAUAGAGAGAGAGCUAAAUGAGAGAGAAAGAGAGAGGCAAAGAAUGAGUUAAGAGAGAAAGAGAGAGCUAAAAGAGAGCACUAAGAGAAAAAGAGAGAGGGUGAAAGGGUGAAAGAGUGAGAGCUAAGAAAUUGAGAAAGAGAGAGCUAAAAGAGGACAAGAAAGACUAAGCGAGAAAGAGAGAAACAAAGAGAGAAAGAGACAGAUCAAAGAGGUAAUGAGAGAGAGCUCAGAGAGUGAAAGAGAGAGAGACUACGGGAGAGCAAGAAGAGAAAGAGAGAGAUUAAGAGAGAAAGAGACAGAGCAAAGAAGUAAUGAGAGAGAGCUAAGAGAGAGAGAAUGAGAGACAGACCAAGGAAGAGCUAAGAGAGAGACUAAGAGAGAAAAAGAGAGAGCAAAGAAAUAGAGAGAGAGAGAGAGAGAGAGAGAGAGCUGAAUCAGUAGUAACUCCGCUCCUCUUAAACACACUCCGAUGCCUCUGAAGAGUAAAUGGUGAGGAGUGGUGGAGUUGGCUCUCUGCCAGCUGGACAUGCCGGACCCCGAGCAGCCGGACCGGGUCACUCCGGAUCACCCCGACACCCCACCUGCAGACCUACUGCUGAACAGCGACUUCCGCUGGAAGUUCAGGAAGACGCGCUCGAAGAAGAGACCCACCAUCCUGACAUCUUCUCCUGGAUACAGUAAGCCUGCCGUGGUCCCAGUGAGCUGCUUCCAGGGCGAGAAAGGACCACCAGCCAUGAUGCCCAUAAGCGUGGACCCCGAGAGCCGGCCGGGCGAGUACGUCCUCAAGAGCCUCUUCGCCAACUUCACCACACACUCCGAGCGCAAGAUACGGAUAGUGAUGGCCGAGCCGCUGGAAAAGCCAUUAACAAAGUCACUACAGAGAGGAGAGGACCCACAGUUUGACCAAUUGAUCAGCACUAUGAGCUCUCUGGCCGAGUACUGUCUGCCCUCCAUCCUCCGCACUCUGUUCGACUGGUACAAGAGACAGAACGGAGAGGAGGACGAAUCCCACGAGUACAGACCACGCUCCAACACCAAGUCCAAGAAUGAUGAACAGCAGAAGGAUUAUUUAUUGGAGAGAAGAGAUCUGGCCAUCGACUUCAUCUUCUCCCUCGUCCUCAUAGAAGUUCUCAAACAGAUGCCUCUCCACCCAGUUCUCGACACUUUGGUCCAUGAAGUCAUUAACUUGGCUUUUAAGCACUUUAAAUACAAAGAAGGGUACCACGGUCCCAACACUGCUAACAUGCACAUUGUGGCAGAUCUCUAUGCAGAAGUUAUAGGAGUCUUAGCUCAGGCCAAGUUCCCCGCAGUGAAGAAGAAGUUCCUGAGCGAGCUGAAGGAGCUCCGGCAGAAGGAGCAGAGUCCGUACGUGGUCCAGAGCACCAUCAGCCUCAUCAUGGGCCUGAAGUUCUUCCGGGUGAAGAUGUAUCCUGUGGAGGACUUUGAAGCUUCGUUUCAGUUCAUGCAGGAAUGCGCUCAGUAUUUCUUGGAAGUGAAAGAUAAGGACAUUAAGCACGCUCUGGCCGGACUCUUCGUGGAGAUUUUGGUGCCUGUUGCUGCGGCUGUGAAGAACGAGGUGAAUGUCCCCUGUCUCAGGAACUUUGUUGAAAGUUUAUACGACACAACGCUGGACCUGUCCACUAGAAAGAAGCACUCUCUGGCUCUGUACCCGCUGGUGACGUGUUUGCUGUGUGUGAGUCAGAAGCAGCUCUUCCUCAACAGAUGGCACGUCUUCCUCAGUAACUGUCUCUCCAACCUGAAGAGUAAGGACCCGAAGAUGGCCCGAGUGGCUCUGGAGUCUCUGUACCGGCUGCUGUGGGUCUAUAUGAUCCGCAUCAAGUGUGAAAGCAACACAGCAACACAGGGCCGCCUGAACAACAUUGUCACCACCCUGUUCCCCAAAGGGUCCCGCAGCGUGGUCCCGCGAGACAUGCCUCUCAACAUCUUCGUCAAAAUCAUCCAGUUCAUCGCACAGGAGAGACUUGAUUUUGCCAUGAAAGAAGUCAUCUUCGACCUGCUGUCUGUUGGAAAACCUGCAAAAGCCUUUAGUCUUAAUCCAGAGAGGAUGAAUAUUGGUCUCAGAGCAUUCCUGGUAAUAGCUGAUAAGCUGCAGCAGAAGGACGGAGAGCCGCCCAUGCCGAACACUGGAGCCACCCUGCCCUCAGGAAACACCAUGCGGGUCAAAAAAACCUACCUGAGUAAAACCCUCACAGAGGAGGAGGCCAAGGUCAUCGGAAUGUCCCUCUAUUAUUCUCAAGUACGGAAAGCCAUAGAUAACAUCCUGAGGCAUCUGGAUAAAGAGGUGGGCCGCUGUAUGAUGCUCACCAACAGCCAGAUGCUGAAUAAGGAGCCGGAGGACAUGAUAACUGGUGAGAGGAAACCCAAGAUCGACCUGUUCAGAACGUGUGUGGCCGCCAUCCCACGCAUUCUGCCCGAUGGCAUGACCAAGCUGGAGCUCAUUGACCUGCUGGCUCGGUUAACCAUCCACAUGGACGACGAGCUGCGGCUCAUAGCCCAGAACUCCCUGCAGAGUCUGCUGGUGGAUUUCUCGGACUGGAGGGAGGAGGUUCUGCUGGGCUUCAGCAGCUUCCUGCUGCGCGAGGUGCAGGACACACACCAGGCCCUGCUGGACUCCUCCAUCAAACUGCUCCUGCAGCUCCUCACGCAGUGGAAACUGGCCCUGCUCGCCUCCAACAAGCACCUGGACACGGCUAAGAUCUGCUCUGCUGAGUUACUGCAGGGUGGUUCCAGCUCCAGACUCGUUCCUGAGAGAGCUCCUCACUUCGCGGUUCUUCACGCUCUGGAGGGAUUGGCUCUGGUUCUGCUGUGCUCCUGCCACACGGCCACUCGCAAACUGGCCGUAGCCAUCCUCCGAGAAGUCCGCAUCAUCCUGCUGACCACCGGAAACAGUGAGGAGGACGAGCGGCCGAUGCUGGACGUGCUGGAUCAGGUGGGCCCGGUGGUCCUGGAGAGUUUCGCUCAUGUGGUGAGGGACUCGACGUCAGUACCGGUGGGUCAGCAGGCUGAUCUGCAGUGGUUGGUGGAGUGGAGCGGGGGUCUCCUCAGCAGUCACUACGAUGUUCUCAGCCCGUCCCGGGUGUGGGUGGUGGCCCAGUCCAUACGGGACCCCUGGGCCCUGUGCCUCUUCAGCUUACUGCGCCAGGAGCACCUCCCUAAACACUGUCCCACCGCCCUGAGCUACGCCUGGCCCUACGCCUUCACCCGCCUGCAGCUCCUCAUGCCCCUCAUAGAGCCCAGCAACCCAGCUAAUGCUAAGAAGACGAGUUCUGCGGGUUCGGGCGAUAGCUACGUCGCUCUGUGGAGGAACUACCUGAUCCUGUGCUUCGGAGUGGCUAAACCCAGCAUUAUGAGCCCCGGUCACCUCAGAGCCUCCACUCCUGAGAUUAUGACCCCUACUAGUGACAGCAGUGGCAGCUACGACAACAAGGUGGUGGGGACUCCGUCAGUAGCGUGGCUCCUGAAGCAGCUGGUUCCUCUAAUGCGCUCUGAAAGCAUUGAGAUCACCGAGGCUCUGGUUCUGGGCUUUGGACGCACCAACUCACUGGUUUUCAGAGAGCUGAUAGAGGAGCUGCACCCGCUGAUGAAGGAGGCUUUGGAGAGGAGGCCUGAGAAUAAGAAGCGAAGGGAGAGGAGGGAUCUGCUGAGGCUUCAGCUGCUCCGGAUCUUUGAGCUACUGGCCGACUCCGGGGUCAUCAGCGACAGCACUAAUGGAGCUCUGGAGCGUGAUACUCUGGCUCUGGGCGCUCUGUUUCUGGAGUACGUGGAUCUGACCAGGAUGCUUCUGGAAGCUGAGAAUGAUAAAGACGUGGAGAUAUUUAAAGAUAUCCGAGCUCACUUCAGCUCCAUGGUGGCCAACCUCAUACAGUGUGUUCCUGUGCACCAUCGCCGUUUCCUGUUCCCUCAGCAGAGUCUCCGCCAUCACCUCUUCAUUCUCUUCAGCCAAUGGGCUGGCCCCUUCAGCAUCAUGUUCACGCCCCUGGAUCGCUACAGCGACAGGAAUCACCAGAUUACUAGAUACCAGUACUGCGCUCUGAAGGCCAUGUCCACUGUUCUAUGUUGUGGGCCUGUGUUUGACAAUGUGGGUCUCUCUCCAGACGGCUACCUGUACAAGUGGUUGGAUAACAUCCUGGCCUGUCAGGAUCUGAGGGUGCAUCAGCUGGGCUGUGAGGUUGUGGUUCUGCUGCUGGAACUGAACCCGGAUCAGGCUAAUCUGUUUAACUGGGCCGUGGACCGAUGCUACACCGGCUCCUACCAGCUGGCCUCAGGCUGCUUCAAAGCCAUCGCCACGGUCUGUGGAAGCAGGAAUUACCCCUGUGACACCGUCACGUUACUGAACCUCAUCCUCUUCAAAGCGUCGGACGCCAACAGAGAGAUUUAUGAAAUUUCAAUGCAGUUGAUGCAGAUUCUGGAGAUUAAGCUGUGUGUUUAUUCUAAGAGGAUACUGGAGGAGAAGAGCAGCACUUUACUGUACGGGACCCACGGUCCUCUACCCCCCCUCUACACUCUCUCUCUCCCACAGCUCUCAGCCCAGCUCGCCCGCGCCUACCCAGAGCUCACACUACCACUGUUCUCAGAGGUCAGUCAGAGGUUCCCCACCUCUCACCCUAACGGCAGACAGGUGAUGCUCACCUACCUGCUGCCCUGGCUCAGGAACAUCGAGCUGGUGGACGGUGGACUGCUGCCAGCUACCUCAAGUCCCUCCCACUUAUUAGAGAACAGGAAGGGGCGGAGCUCCAGCAUGAAUUCCUCCACCUCCCACCUUCCAGGUUCAGGCUGGGGCUCCCCCCAGGCCACAGCGCUCAUCCUCAACAACCUCAUGUACAUGACUGCCAAGUACGGUGAUGAUGUUCCGGGGGCGGAGAUGGAGAAUGCGUGGACGGCUCUGGUGUGCAGUGAGAGGUGGAGCAGUAAUCUCCGCACGGCUCUGCAGUUCCUCAUCAGCCUGUGUGGAGUCAGCAGUGAUACGCUGCUCCUGCCCCACAUAAAGAAGGUGGUGAUCUAUCUGUGUAGGAACAGCACGACUCAGACGAUGGCGGAGCUGCUGUUUGAGCUGCAGCAGACGGACCCUGUUAACCCUGUAGUUCUGCACUGUGAUAAUCCACCAUUCUACCAUUUCUCAGCCACCAGCAAGAUCUCCACUGUUACCUCCGGUACAACUUCCAGCAGCAACACAGUCAUCGCCGGCCAGGAAAAUAUCUCAGACACAGACGACACGAAAGUGGCCAAAGAGAACGAGGACAGGUUGAGCAGUAUAAUGAGAGCCCAUAACCGGCUGGAGUCUCGGUACAGUAACAGCUCUGGAGGCUCGUACGACGAAAGUGAGCCCCUCCCAGUCUAUGCCGGUUGGCUGCUGAAUGUUCUGGAGACCAAUCAGCCGCUCCCGUUGCCCAUGCCGGUUAACGGAGGCUGCUGGGCGCCUCUGGUGGACUAUUUACCUGAAACGGUCACUCCUCGAGGACCACUGCAUAGGUGUAAUAUAGCAGUGAUCUUUAUGACGGAGCUGGUGAUUGAUCACAGUGUGAGGGAGGACUGGGCCUUACACCUCCCCCUGCUGCUGCACGGCCUGUUCCUGGGUAUGGAUCACUGUAGGCCGGAGGUGUUUGAGCACUGUAAGCGUCUCCUCCUCCACCUGCUCCUCUCCCUCUCCUGCACCCACAGUUUCCCCCUCCUCGCCUCCGUCCUGCUGCAGAGCCGCGAGACCACCAGCACCAAGAGCCUCACCAUCAGGCCCAGCUACCAGCCCGACUUCUUCUACACAGGUGGGGUGGACUUUCUGCGGGACGGUCAGGCCUCACCUGUCCCAGACUCUGGCCUGAGCUCGUCCUCCACUUCCUCCAGCCUGAGUCUGGGGGGCAGCACCAGUAACCUGCCCCACCUGUCCCACGAGGAGUCCGACCCCCUGGAGAGCAGCACUGAGUCCGAGGAGAAGAGCAGCAAACUGGUGGAGUUCCUCACCACCAGGCCUUUUGGACCACUGUGGUGCCACGAAGACAUCACCCCUAAAAACCAGCACUCCAGAAGCACUGAGCAGCUCACCAACUUCCUACGCCAUGUAGUGUCUGUCUUUAAAGAGUCCAAAUCAGACGUGCGUUUGGAGCAGCAGCUCAGUGACGUGGCUCUGCAGACGGCACUGUGCAGCUCCUCCAGGCAUUACGCCGGACGCUCGUUUCAGGUGUUCCGGGCUCUGAGGCAGCCUCUGUCUGCGCUGGCCGUGUCCGACCUGCUGUCCCGCCUGGUGGAGGUGGUGGGGGAGCAUGGAGAAGAAGUUCAGGGUUAUGUGAUGGAGCUACUCCUCACUCUUGAAUCUGUGGUGGAUAAUCUUGCAGAGUGCCUCAAGAACAAUGAUUUAAUGGCUCUUCUCACGAGAGCUUCUUCUCCAGACCUCCCAACCAAUGGCAAACUCCUAUUCAACCGUAAGAGCACCAGUCAGCUAGACCUGGUCCCAGGUUCAGGAACAGCGUCUGAGCGAAUCCGCCACCAGCGGAGCUACUCUGUCCCCAAGCGCUUCGGUGAAGCAGAGCGUUCCUCCGAGGUUCCUCGCAGCGCCACGCUGGACCGCAUCCACGCCUGCACCCACCAGCACCAGAGCAACCUCUCCAGACUCCACUCCCACUCCUCCACCUCCUCCAGAGACAACGUGGUCUCCACCAACCCGGCCAACGCCAACCAUCCCCGCAACCUGCUGGCCACCAUCUUCUGGGCAGCCGUGUCCCUCAUGGAGUCGGACUUCGAGUUUGAGUACCAGAUGUCGCUGCGUCUGCUGGGGAAGCUCUUCACCUACGUCUCUCUGGAUAAGCAGGAGAACCGAGAGAAGCUGGAGAAGAUUCAGAGCCAGCUGAGGUGGAGCGGGUUCUCCGGGCUUCAGCAGCUUCUGCUGAAGGGCUUCACCUCGGCCGGAACCACCGAACUCACGCUGCAGCUUUUCUCUCAGCUCACACCUGUAUCCCGCCUACCUGUGGUGGACACGUCUCAGGCUAUAGGUUUCCCGCUGAACGUGCUGUGCCUCCUCCCUCACCUGGUGCAGCACUUCGACUGUCCCACUCAGUUCUGUAAGGACGUGGCUGAGAGGAUCUCUCAGGUCUGCGCUGAAGAGAAGAAUGCCAAGCUGUCCAAUCUGGCUCACGUGAUGACCCUUUACAAAACGCACUCGUACACACGCGACUGCUUCUCCUGGGUUAACGUGGUGUGCCGUUACCUGCACGAAGCCUUCAGUGAAAACACCCUCAGUAUGGUCACCUACAUGGCUGAGUUGCUGGAGAAAGGGCUUCCCAGCAUGCAGCAGAGUCUCCUGCAGAUCAUCUACAGUCUGUUAACUCAUAUGGACCUGGGUGGCAUCCAGGCCAAACCCUUCAACGUAGAGGUGCUCAAGACCAUCGAGAAGUUUGUACAGACGGUUCACUGGAAGGAAGCUCUGAACAUUCUGAAGCUGGUGGUGUCGCGGUCGGCCAGCCUGGCCCUGCCCUCGUCCCCCGCCGGCAGCAGCAGCAGCACCGGGGCGUCUCAUGUGGAGAUCAGCAGAGUUUGGGACGCAGCGUCCAAAUCCCUCCCCGGCAAAACUCUGGACUUCACCUUCGACAUCUCAGAGACGCCCGUGAUUGGCCGGCGCUAUGACGAGCUGCACGGUUCUCCUGGUCAGGAUGGUAAGGUGAGGGGUGUGGUGGCGGUGACCCGCAGCACCUCCUCCACCUCCUCCGGCUCCAACAACAACAACCACGCCCUGGUUCCCGUCAGCUGGAAGCGUCCGCAGUCAUCUCAGAAGAGAACACGGGAGAAGCUGGUGAACGUGUUGACCCUGUGUGGACAAGAAGUUGGACUGACCAAGAACCCUUCGGUGAUCUUCUCGUCCUGCGGAGAGCUGGACCUGAUCGACCACCAGCCCAGUCUGGUCUCCUCGGAGGACGGGACUCGAGACCCGGACAAUAUGGACGACACGGCGUCCGAACAGCAGUUCCGCGUCUUCAGGGAUUUCGACUUCCUGGAUGUAGAGCUGGAGGAUGGAGAGGGUGAGACGAUGGACAGUUUUAACUGGGGUGCGCGAAGACGUUCGAUGGACAGUCUGGAUCAGGUGGAGCCUCAGCCUCUGGAGGAGGAGAGCCGGUUCUCCGGCAGUUCCCCCAGCCUGGGACCCAUCGCUCGAGACGACGAGUCGGACGAGUCCUCAGAAGAAGAUUCGCUCACAGUCAGCCACAUCCUGUCCACCUCUCAGCUCACUGUUAGCAUGUCCCCCACUGAGCAGGUGAACCACAUGGACUGUCUGUCUACCUCUCUGGAUGCCACUCCAGUUGAGCCCCUCUCUGUGCCCACCCCGGUGCCCAGCCUCACCUCCUCUGUGCCCGAGGACUCGACGCCGCGGACUCAAUUAUCAGUGGAGGACGAGGACGGGAGCGUCCAUGAGGACGAUAUCUCUCUCUGCAUCAACGAGUCGUUCGGACACUCGGACAGCUUAACGCUGGACAUUCAGGGGGACGAGAAGGGGGACAUGGAGUCCGAACACACCUGCUUACCCAGUGGUUUUUUAGAAGAGUCGAGUGCAGCGAUGGGUGAAGAGGAGAGAGAUGAUCUCCUGCUGGAGUCUGGCUCCUCCUCUCCUCCUCCGUCUCCCUUCUUCUCCGCUAUCCUGGCGGCGUUUCAGCCGGUGGUGUGUGAUGAUGCUGAGGAGGCGUGGAGAACUCACCUGAAUCAGCUGGUGGCGGAUACGGACGGGUCCUGCGCCGUCUACACCUUCCACGUCUUCUCCUCACUCUUCCAGAGCAUCCAGACGAAGUUCUGUUCUCUCACCUGUGAAGCUGCGAGUUACCUGGGCGAGAGCCUCCGAGGAAUCGGGGCAAAGUUUAUCAGAUCCUCUCAGAUGCUCACGGCUCACUCCAAGUGCCCCACGCUGUUUAUAGACGCUGAUACUAUUGUCUCUUAUGGGCUGCUGGAGAAAAUGAAGUUCAGUGUUUUGGAGCUGCAGGAAUAUCUGGACACCUAUAAUAACAGGAAGGAAGCAGCCGUCUCAUGGUUAAAGAACUGUAAGGCCACUUUUCCUAAACCUUCUGGAGAUGGAGUGAUCACAAACCAGCCGGCUGAGACGGAGGAGAAGCAAAUGGAAUCUCUGGCACAACUGGAGCUGUGUCAAAAACUCUACAAGCUCCACUUUCAACUGCUCCUGCUUUUUCAGUCCUACUGUAAACUCAUCGGCCAGGUCCACGCCAUCAGCUCCAUCCCAGAGCUGGUGAACAUGUCGAAGGAGCUGAAUGAUCUGAGGAGUAAUCUGAGGGCAGCAGCUGCUUGGGUGGAGGGAGAGCAGGCGGCUCAGGGCGGUGAUGUUUCCUCCACGCCCUCCUUCAGCUCCUCAGAGGCUGCUGUUCAGGCUAUCCUGGAGAGCCUGAGGAACAGCGAGUUCUCCACAGCCAUCCGCUCCAUCCAGGAGUGCAGGAGGACGUGGCCGAGUGAUAUUUUCGGCAGCAGCUCGGAGAACGAGACCCAGACUCUGCUGAACAUCUACUUCCGGCACCAGACUCUGGGUCAGACGGGGACCUUCGCUCUGGUGGGAUCCAGGCAGGACCUGUCCGAGGCCUGCGGGCGGCUGACCGAGCUGAACUGCGAGAUCCGGGACAUGAUCCGCCGAGCUCAGGGCUACCGGGCCAUCACCGCCUACCUGCCGGACUCCAGCGUGACCGGCAUCAGCCUCUGAACCCCGGCCGACCGCUGCUCCACACACACCCACUGCUGACUGCUGCUAUAGUCCUGCCCUGACCCAGGGCUUCCUUUAUCUACGUCCAGAGGAUUUAUUAGAAACGUACACUGCAAAAAUGUGUAUAUGGCAUAAGUCUUAAAUCUUAAAUAUAUUUAAUAUUUUAUCAAAAAAUCGUAAGUAAGUUUUCACUUAUAUCUACAACAAUUCAUUAUCUGUAGAAUGAAAUUUAAUUAAAAAUAAAAAUAAACUUACACUACUGAUACUACUAAUUAUUAAUCUUAUCAUCACUGUCAUUCUAAAAUCUUUAUUUCUAAAGUUUUUUUUUUCUUUUUGACUGAAUUGACUGUUGGAAAUGCUGCAAAAUGACUAUAAAUCAUAGAUUGAAAAACUAAAAUUACAUCUCUUUUGAAGUUGCCUUUUGAUAAUAUUCUUAUACUGUUUAAAAUAAGACUUAAUAAUAUUUAGGAUUUCUUUUCAAUUGCCAUUAUAUCAUUUUUGCAGUGUAUUCUACAGUAUAUCUGAAUAUGUACUGUACACUCUCAAAGCAGAUGUGUUUAAAAGCAACACAAAAAAAGAACUACUCCUUUAUAUGUUAUUUUAGAUUUGUUUUAUUUUUGAUUGGUUUAUACAUAUCAAACUUUUAAAGUUUUGAAUUACUGAUCAUUCAGAAAGAGUGUUGUUCUUUUACUCUCAACACGUCGUAUUGAGAGUAAAAAAUCAGUAAAAAAUUGAUCAGUAAAAAAGAAAAGUAAAAGAGUAAUAGUCAGGGUCGCUGAUCUUAUUGGUCUUAUACUAGUGGUUGGUGUUUGCUGGUCCUAACUGAAUGGGUGGAGACGCUGCUGCUUCUCUGUCCUGCUCCUCGGAGCCUCCGUCCACCUGCGGCUGAGAUAUUUGCAGGAUUAUCUUAAGAAAAAAUACUUUUUCUCAGACAUUUUGGUUUUUUUGCACUAAUACCUUUAACUAUUAGAACACGCAGCUCAUGCAGGAAAUAAAGAGCAGAAGAAGAGCUCCAACUUCCACAGACCAGGACUAAACCAAAGCUUCACGACGCCCGCGCCCGUGUCUACCGUUACUAAAGUUCAGGGGAAAACGUGCAAUUCUUCACUUCACGUGAAAAGACUCUUCUAAACGAAUGUUGUUUUUAAUCUGUAGUGCUUUGGGCUACUUGAGUACACUGUAGCAGGAGGAGCCGUGCUGAUUUAUCUUAUUUCUAACCUCACAACUCAAACGAAGCUGACCUUCACCAUGCUGAGUGCAGUGAAGAAAAAAUGAAGAGUAAAAUUUACUUAAAAAAAAAAAGUUAAGCAACUUUCUGCAUUUUCUUUUUUUAAGUAAAUUUAAUUUCAGAUAAAUGUAAGUAACUUCAACUUCUACUACUAUUUACUCUAUUUAACAUUUAAGUCUUGAAACUGAGUUGAAUUUACUUAAAUUUAUCUGAAAUUAAAUUUACAUUAAAAAAAGCUAAUGCAGAAAGUUACAAAACUUUUUUAAAGUAAAUUUUACUCAUCAUUUUAUUUAGUGUAAGACGAGAAGGAUCUCAGUUCUCAGUCUAUAGACUUCCACACUUCUGCACUCACACACACACACACACACACACACACACACAGUUUCACACACACACAGCUACACCCACGCUGCAGCGCUACUGUCUGAAAGACCUGGACGCCGAGGAAGAAGGGCGUCCGAUACUUAACGAAGAUUUCAUAUAUGAACAAUCUGCUGAAAAAUCAGCUCAGGAACAGCUUUAGGUGGAUUCUGGAUUCAGAUGGUCUAAAGUUUGGUCAUACUGGUCAUACUGGUCAACCAGCUUGUUCAUGACCAUGUCAACCAGUUUGGUCAUGCUGGUCAUAUUGGUCAACUAGUCAACCAGUUUGUUUGUGCUAGCCAUAUUGUAUUCAUACUGGUCAAUCUGUUCAUCCAUGAUCUUGUCAACCAGUUUGGUCAUGACCUGGUCAUACUGGUCAAUCAUUCUGGUCAUGCUGGUUGAACGACUUGGUCAUGCUAGAUAUACUGGUCAACCAGCCUGGUCCUACUGGUCAACCUCUUUGGUCAUCUUGAACUAACUGGUUGUCUAGCAUGUGCAGGUUAUUGCUGUUUUUGCUAAUAGACCAACAUAACCAUUAAACUCAACUAAAAAUAUACCCUAUAUUAGAUAAGAGCUGAACUGGUCAGCCAGCUGAACCAGUUUAACCAGUUUAACCAGCUUUAAGCUGUCCAGGCUGUAUUUUUGUGUGUCAGCAGGGUGAUGCAGGUUUGCUUUCUACUGUCUGGCUGCUUUCUAGGAAAUGUAUUUAUAUUCUGGCCGUGCUUCAGAUGGUCUAGUUUUAUAGAAUGAAGAGACGUUCUUUUUGAAAAGUCCGAGCAUGCAGAUGUCUGUACUAUAAGAGGAGAUAAAGAUAUUUAUGAAUAUAAAGAAUCUUAUUUUAACUGAAGGUGGCUUUUGUACAGAGUAGAGAGAGUGAAGCCCAUGCUGGUUACAGUUUAUUUUAUAUUGUUGUGUUCUGCUGUUGGACUCUGCAGGUCUGUGUGAGACACAGUCGUGCUGCGCUGUGAUGAUGAGAGACGACGAGUUUAUGUGUUUAUGAUGUAAAUAAUAAUGUUUUUGAGUUGUGCUUUGGGUUGUGUUUCUCUGAGCUUCUGUUACACAAUAAAAAAUGAUGAAUAAUGGUGAAUAAA